CUGAGUUUCAGGUUCGGUAUACGUAGCCUGGGUCUCUUCCCGGAGGACGCCUGUACUUACUACUCUGUCCACAGCUUGCGACAGGAUCCAUACAGCUUAGCAAGGCUAAGGACUUGAGGCCUCUUCUUGGCAGGGGUGAGAGCAGAGGGAGCUGGAGCAGGAUGACUGCCUUCCUUUAAAUAGCAGCCCAGAGCCUGGGGGACGGAACACACCCUGGGCAACAUCUGUUUUGAGCUUUACUGCCUUCCUGGAGGGAAGCUUAGGAGACCUGGAACCUGGCAUCUCACUCUCACAACCUUUGCCGCAUUUCAUGAUCUUCUUCCUCCUCCCCUCUAGCCUGGACACCUUGAUGAGCUGUAAAAAAAACUUUCAGAGACACUGCCGCUGACAUCAUGGCUACUGCCAUUAAUAAGAUUGGCACACCUUCCUCAGACAGUGACAGUUUUCUAGAGGUCGUCAUUGAGUAUAUCCUGCACACACUGAGCAGUGAGGAUGUGCAGCAACUGCUGACUGACGAUGUCGCCUGGGAGAUACUGGUGGAGACGACCGAUUUGACCAGGGAGGAGGCAGAUGCUGUGCGUGAGGCUCUGAUUGAGCCUGAAGCAGACAGUGAUGAAGACCUUCAGGCGAGGGAGAGCUUCUUCAGUGCAUUUCCUCAUGUGAAAAGGGAGCUGGAGGAGAGCAUAGCGAAGCUUUAUGCCCUUGCAGAGAAGGUUGACAAGGUGCACAAGGACUGCACCAUCACCAACGUGGUGGCCGGCUCCAGUGGUGCUGUCUCUGGCAUCCUCACCAUCCUUGGCCUGGCUCUGGCACCUGUGACAGCAGGUGGCAGUCUGAUGCUGUCAGUCACUGGAAUGGGGCUGGGAGCAGCUGCUGCUGUGACUGGUGUUUCUGCGAGCAUCGUAGACCACUCAAACAAGUUGUCAGCACAAGCUGAAGCCAGACGCCUGCUGUCAACCAGCAUGAACACAGAGAAGGAAAUUCUACAGGUUGUGGAGGAUGCCACACCCAAAGUUUUUUCUGCAGCCAGGAAGUGUGGGGAAGCCUUCCAAGGCAUUGAGAAAAACAUCCGUGCCAUUAAGGUGGCAAAAUCCAACCCUCGGUUACUAGCCAGUGCCAACCGCCUCAUGAGAACUGGGAAAAUCUCAGCCCGAAGUGGUAAGCAGGUGCAGAGAACCCUUGGAGGCACUGUUCUGGCAAUGUCAAAAGGUGCCCGGAUCAUGGGCGCAGCAACUGCAGGUGUCUUCCUUCUGAUGGAUGUGUACAGCCUUGUGCAAGACUCAGUGCAUUUGCAGGAGGGGGCAAAGACAGAAUCAGCUGCGGAGCUGAGGCAGCAGGCUCAGGAUCUGGAGAGGAAGCUGGAGGAGCUCAUCCAGAUCCAUGAGCGUUUGCAGUUGGACCUGACUAAGUGACGGACGCCUGAAGCAGUGCAGAGCUCAGGGCCCAGGUGCAUUUCAAGCACAUGCACAAAGGCAGGAAGUGCUGCAGAGGGGAAAAGAGGAUGAGAUCAAGUCUAUGCAACUGUGUGUAAAGAAACUGCAUUUCUGUGGCUGAGCCCAAGCAGGGAGGGAUUUGUGUAGAUAAAGUGGAUUAAAGUGAAGACAGAGCCCUGAGGUCUGACAUACAGGGAAGCUGUGUCUAAAGAGAGUGGGAAAUAGGAGGAAAGAGAUUCUUUCAUCAUAAGAAAUCACUGGUGACCUGGGUAGACACAUCUGCAGGAAGAAGCUGUGGGACAUUCGGGCAAACAGAAGAGUGGAAAUUGGGAGUGGCACAGUUAAAAGUGUUUGGGUACUGGAGAAGAAACAGGACUGUACUUCCUACCUUUUGCACAAUCUGACACCCAGCAACAGCACAGUCUACCCUUCCUGGCCUGUAUCUCUUUCUUUCCAGUGUCAAUAAAUGCUUAUCUCUGUCAGGCA